GACACUCUUGUCAUCCUCCACAUCGAGAACACCAGAUUUCGUCUCCCUCGCUCCGAGCUGAUUUCCAAAUCAGAGAAACUUAGGAUGUUAUUUACCACAUCACCAGCAUCGGAAACCAUGGAUGGUUAUCCUGUAUACAAGGCAGAAGGGCUUGCAGAAGACUUCACCCAGCUUUUGGGGGUGGUCAAAAACUUUCCCUGGAACCGAAAGCCUACUUUUGAAAUGCUUGCUCCCGUGCUUCGCGCAGCAAAACUCCACGACUUUCCCCAUGAGCUGGAUUGGGCUACCAAGUCGCUUGCGGAUCUGUUUCCCGAGAUGACGGAUAGCAAGGCAGAGUUUCCCCUCACACCAAGACCGUUCGCAGCCAAAGCAGCGGCUCUCGCCGAGGAAUGCGGUCUCGACGACGUCUUGAAACCAGCAUUGUACGAUCUACUUCGGCAGCCAUCCUUUGGCCUGAAUCCGAGAUCGACUCGUGUGUCCCAUUCCGACAUAUCUUUUGCCAGUCAGGGGCUGAAGGACCGUCAUAUCCUCGGUUUGAUACGAGCAAGAGAAACUAUGGUACUCAAGUGGACCGAGAUGUGCGAUCCCUCUGCUUGUUCACAUGACAAUGGUGCGCAACCCUCUAAUAUGUGCACUUGUGCGACCAUGUUCGGAGACGGAAAUGCCGAGGGGAUCGAGACUGCGAGGGCUGAGGUUUGGGUUCGCAACAUCUAUUCUAACCCCCCCACAACGGUUCUGGAGAUAUUGAAAAAGAGAAGGGCUGCGCCAAUGGGCAGAUCUAAAGAUGAGACUCAUGAUUCUGCGACUUUGUUCUCCAUCGGCUUGCUUGAUAUCCUUCUGGGGAUCGAUCUGCUCAUUGAAACGGAUUGGAGCAAAUUGGAGUGUGCCCACUGCGUCAAGCAGCGGAAGCGAGCGUGGCAACGAGAACGGGGUCGGGUCUGGAAUACGCUCGGAAGUGAGAAAGCAUUCGAUCUGCGGAUCACAGAGACUAUCGAUAGCUCAGAUGAAGAUGAAGAGUAAACAUAUCGAUCCGCCCGCUAAUCAUGCCAAGAUGUACAAGUCACAAUUUUUUCGUGUUUACAUGCUAUGCUACAGAGCUUCCUCCACACGUUCCUAUAGGCGUCAAUAUCGCCCAUGUUUGUUAACCAUCACUUUCGCUGUCGUUCUCCAUGGCGCGCUUGAUUUCCUCUUUCCAAACUUCCUGAAGGGCCGCCACGGUCCGUCCCUGGCUAAACUCCAGUGCUUCCCGGGGCAUCAUAUUGUGUGCAUGCCUCGGAAUAUUCCUCCCUGCCAAUACAUGUGCACGCGACGGAAUGACACGAAAAAUAGGGGAGGGCGUCGUCUUGUUUAAAUCUUGACUUUGUGAUGGCGAAGUUAUUCCUGGUGGAUCCAUGAGUGCCGCAUUUGAACUGUAAAAUUCGUGUAACUCUUGAUAAGUAAAGAGAAUGGGGUCCGUUCGUUGUGCGUAGGGAUUGAAAUC